AUGUCAUCACGAAGGACGCCAAUCAACAUGUUGACCUCAUCAUCAUUAUUCAGUUCCACCACAUUGCUUUCACUGUCAAUUCUUGCCAUGACAUUUGCGGUCACUUUUAUAAAUCACGAUCCGAUGGUACAGGGAGUUCCUCUUCCGAAUUGCAGCAAUACAACAGGAUCGGAAUACAUCAUUGCCAAUUUGAGUGAAUGUCAAAAUGUAGAUUACAAUCCCAAUGGUCCACUUGUGCCAUGUACACUAGUACCAAAUGAAUUUAAAAUUUGCGAUUUUGACAUGAAAGGAUAUUUCAAUGGAAUUAAAACUUGUAGCUAUGACGACAUGGUCAAUCAAAACGGAGUUUAUACUCAAAAUUCAAGAUAUGGAUAUGCAAAUUGUACAGUACUGCCAAAAAUUGAAUGCCUCGGACCAAGAAUAUGGUAUCAAAAGUUUCCAUGCAAAACUAUUCAGAGCAAUUUCCAAUACACGACUGCCUUAGUGUUGGCUGUGUUUGUAGGAAUUUUUGGAGCUGAUCGUUUUUAUUUGCAACACAUUGUUUUAGGUGUCAUUAAAUUAUUAACGUUGGGAGGUAUAGGAGUAUGGUGGAUUGUGGACAUUGGUUUACUCGUUGGAGGUGUCACAGUACCUGCUGAUGGUAGUUCAUGGCAACAAUAUUAUUAA